UCACCACCAACCAACGACUUUCAUCCCAAACUCUCUCGGGAUAGUACCAUAAUUGAAUCGCAUCUCAUCAGACCACACUUGAUCUAGUAUCAACACCCAAUAACAACAACAACCAUGAGUGCACACCCAGAAACUGGCCACCAAGAUCUCGGAAAGGCGCCCGUCAAUGGCGCCAGCCAUGGUGCACCUGGUCGCAUUCCAGAUGACCCUCUAGUCAAAGUUCAGCCUCCACGAAGGGAAGACCUUCAGCCAACCUAUGCGCGCAUCAUCAAGCCAGACGAUGCCGAUGAAGACACCCACGGCUGGUACGGUGCUAUGAUGAAUAGUAUCGGCAGCUGCAUCGGUACUUUGGGAGCCAUUCCAUGUUGCAUCGUCUGCCCGAACCCGUAUAAGUCGGUCAACCAAGGCAACGUGGGACUUAUCACCAAGUUUGGACGGUUUUCGCGAGCUGUCGACCCUGGUCUUGUUAAGGUCAACCCCCUGUCUGAGACUCUCAUUCAGGUUGAUGUCAAGAUCCAGAUUGUUGAGGUUCCUAAGCAAAUUUGCAUGACCAAGGACAAUGUCUCUCUGAGUCUCACCUCUGUCAUCUACUACCGGAUUACCUCGCCUCACAAGGCUGCAUUUGGAAUUUCCAACAUUCGACAAGCUCUUGUUGAGCGAACCCAAACCACUCUCCGCCAUGUCAUUGGUGCACGUGUUCUUCAAGAUGUGAUCGAGCGCCGCGAGGAGAUCGCUCAGUCCAUCCGUGAGAUCAUUGAGGAAACCGCCGCAGGUUGGGGUGUUGAUGUUGAGUCCAUGCUUAUCAAGGACAUCAUUUUCAGUCAAGAUCUCCAGGACUCUCUCUCCAUGGCCGCCCAGAGCAAGCGUACUGGUGAGGCGAAGGUCAUUGCUGCUCGCGCCGAGGUCGAGAGCGCUAAGGUAAGCUUCUUCCCCUACAGCACCAGAUAUUCAUCGCGGUUCAAAUACAUCGAACACUGGCACCUGGGCUACGGCCUUGUAUGCGCUUAUGUUCGCGAUUAUUCCCCACCCUUGAAUUGAACCGCAAACGGGAAUUCUAUCUCUCAGCCAUCAGAAACGAAUGAAUAUAUUAGAGCAUGGCUAACAAUCCUGCAGUUGAUGAGAGUUGCAGCCGAUACACUCAACUCAGCCCCUGCUAUGCAGAUCAGAUACUUGGAGGCCAUGCAAGCGAUGGCUAGGUCAGGGCAGAGCAAGAU